AUGUUAGUUGAAACGGUGGUGUGCGUCUUCCUGAUUUCUUUUGCCAAAGUAUUUGGUGAACCCCUGUACGCCUACAACAUACACAUAAAAGGAUACGUUCUCAAACAUGGCAUGAACAUGUCUUGGAAUGCAGAGAUGAAAGCUAAAGACAACACAGAGAAAUCGCAAAUUCAAGAGGAUGUUUGCCAACGAUUGAAAACAUCCUUGGCAGUCGUGACACGCACGUCCCAUCAAGCAAUAAAAUGCAAAAUGGGCAAAUGCAUUGGUGAUCCAGCUGGUGGAUACGUGGUUGUCGUGUUCAAAAUGGACAAAUUCAGAAAUAAAAGGAAACGUAUUGGAGAAGUGAUUAAACAUUUAUAUCGCAGAUUUGAGAAAAGCACAUUAGAAAAUAGAAUGAAAUUGGGUCCUGUGGUGGGCAAAGUCCACCAACGCGAAGUGAUCACGGACGACGUUGGCAACACCAUUAUUCGGUUUCGUAUGGAAAUUUAUGAAAACGGUCAAUUCAUUGAAUGGCACAACGCGUACGACAAAGCUGCAGUGUUGAAAACGAUUGAAAGCAGUAUUUGCCCAAGGAUUCUUCGUUGGGGGCGCAAGUCCUGGCUCAUAACAAGAAAGGCACCGUUUAACUGCAAAGUGAUUGGUCCGACUCAACGAAAUGCAGUGGGGUAUUUUGACAUCCACAUUAUUCGGGAAGCAAAAAGCACUGCUAAUUUUACGAGCGCACUGAUGGUCACAAACGAAACAGCAAAGGGGACAUACGAUCUCGCAAUUAUACGGUCCAGAUUCCGAAAAAGGAGAGCAUAUUAAAUUUCAGCACAUGAUUCGUGAAACGCUACCAUUGGAUUCCCGUAUCCCGUCAGCCCAAGAAACCCGCAUACGGGUAAAUGAUGUCGUUUCCUUUAGUCCUCAUUUUCUCACGUAUGGCGUGAACUAUAACCACUCCCCAUUGUACCUAGCAUACGAAAUUUCCAC